GGUAUAACCAUGAAUUGCCAUCAAAUUUUAAGUGGUGCCUGUAAUGCUGGCGAUCGGUGUUUUGCUAUCGGUUCUGUAGAAGGAAUUCCAUUUACCGCAUACGCAGCUGGAUGUAAUAUUGUUGUGCUUGCAAGUACUUUUGAGCGGGUACAGAUAAUACCAGGAGCAACUCAUGGUUAUGUGAAAAUAUCUGCACUGGAUUGUAGCACAGACACUGGAAAGAUUGCAGCAGCAUAUGAAAAUAAAAUAUGUAUUUUUGAACCAACUCCAGUAUUACAAACAGAAAAACGAUUCACCCAUUAUCUGGAUUAUAGGUGGGUUCAAACUGGAUCGUUUACUAGUCAUUCCCAUGUAAUUACAUUAUCCUGGAAUUUAGAAGGAACGCGGCUUUUAACCGGUGGUUCUACAAUUCAAUUGUGGAAAGAAAAAUCUAAUGAGUAUGCGGACGACGAACCAACAGGUGUAAAGUUUGUAAUUGGAGGAGAUCGAGAAAAUAAAACCCCAACGAAUGAAAAUAUUGAGAAUGUUACAAAUUGGGAAAAUGUUUGGUCCUGCCAAACGGCAAUACCUAUUUAUCAUAUGGCGUUCAGUCCUGAUGGAACAUUGUUUGCUACCUGUGGACGUAAUGACAGACUUGUAAAAAUUUGGUAUGAAAAUAAACAAAUUUUAUUUCCAUCAAAAAAUUCGAAAUCCACAAUUAAAGAUGAAUCUAGCGAAUUAAAUUUUACGUAUAUAUAUAUUGCGCACCCUCGCGCAGUUACUAAUAUAAUAUGGCGAAAAACAAGCAAGUACAUGCCCAAGGGCUCUGUUUCUAACAUGAUUGUGACAUCUUGUUUGGACAACAUAUGUCGCAUUUGGAUUGAAACUGUGUUACCGGACGAUGGAUUGAUAAAUAUGACACAAUUUGAUCCGAUGGCUUCACAAAAUCCUAAAUUUAGGACUCAUCGACAUAAGCAUCGGUUUAUGCAAAGACUUAAGCAUAUGAAAACCUGUUUCCACAUACGUCGACAUGCAAAAAGUGGAUCCAACACGGGCACGGUUGUGGGAGAUUUGAUGCCAAGCAACUUUCCAGGGCCGAUUCCAUCGCUACCAUCAUCGUGUAGUGUGCACGAUUUUCAUUCUUACGGAUUUCAUGGUAGUGGAAUAUCUCAAGGCAUGCAUUUUCAUUUGGCUGCUUCUAUAAAUGCUGAAACAGAUAUACCGUUGGUCCCUUCAAUGCAGUCGCCAUCAGACGCUUCAAAUCAAAAUAAUUUCGUACUUCAUUGGCUUAAUAACAAAGAAAUGGAUUUUACAAUCCAAGCUGAAGCCAUCCUUCAAGAGUUAACAAAAAAAGUUAUACAUGAAGAGAACCAGAAUACACAUGGUGGAAAUCUGUCGGAUCACACUGACAAUUUAUCGAAUGGAGCACAAUCUAAAAGAAAAUAUAUAAGAACAGCUUCAAAAUCUGUUUCUGUAGAUGAUAACAGUGCUACAGGCGAUGACAGCAAGGCUUCUAAUCACCAUAUGUAUCCGAGCGGAAUACAGAAUGUAAAUUCAAUGUCAAAUACAGCGUCACUGAAUUCAUUGAAUAAUGAUAGUUCCCUUUCCCACCAAUUAACUGACUCAUUGGAUAUAAAAAUUGAUUGCUUGUUGCGUGAUUGGCAUCAAAGUCCAGAUUUACUAUUUGCAAUUCAUCCAGUGGAUGGCAGUUUCCUUAUUUGGGUUGUUGAGUGGCUAGAUGACUUCUAUCCAGGCUCAUUUCGUCAAGCACAGGUUUCUUUUUCUACUAGAAUACCAAAUGCGUUUCCCUUAGGUGACGCAAUGUCAAUGUCUACGAUGGUUAGUUUGUAUAAUACAGGCACCCAUCCAUUAGUCUUUCGUGAGAUAGCUAAUAAUGUGAAAUGUAAAGACGAAGAUAUACUCAGCGAAGAAGAUGAUGAUGACAUAUCGGUUAAAGACGAUUCUGAGAAUGAUUUUCAAGGAAAUACCGAACCUAAUAAAAAUACCAAAAUUAAUCCUGUUAAUGAUGGCGAUGAAAUUGAAGACAAAUUAAAGGCUUCUACUAUUGGAAACAUCACCUCAGCAAUAUCCCCAUCCGUAUCGAUGGUUACGAAACAUUCAAACGGCACACUUAAUUUAUGGCAAUUAUCUUUUGCAUACAAGACCAAAUUCACUCAAGUUCUAAGUAUUGGGCAUGUGAGUCGAGUUUCUGGACACAGGUUUAGAGUAAAUGAUAUUAACUGUCAUCCAGUCUUGCCCCUUCUUGUAUCGACGUCCCAUCACAAUUUGUCGGAAUUUGACACUAAAACCCCAACAAGUACGCCAAACUUCGAAUCGAAUGUGUUGGAAAAUGUGUGCACUCCUUCUGGAUUUUGUUCGGAAUUGAUUCUGUGGAGAGUGGAUUCUGUAGGUCCUCUUUGCCACUCCGGAGGUGUUAGUGAACUUGCUCGUAUAAAUUCCCCGGAAAUAUCGGCAUUUAGCAACGUUGCAUGGAUACCUACAUUGCUACCUAGUACUACAUUGGGAAGCUACAGUAAUUCGCCAUCUGCAUGUUUCGUGGCUAGUGAUGGUGAACAUUUACGUGUCUAUCAGGCUGUUAUAGAUGCCCGUACUCUUUUAGCGGAAAUAUCCUCAUCCGAAAGUAUUACUAAAUUACAGAAAUCGGCAUCCAUAUCUUCUUUGUAUUCUAAUGCGUCCUCUACUUUAAAGGGGCUAAAGUUUUCACUACAUGAUAAACUAAAAGUUGUGUCUCAGCAAUCCACUGCCCGGCCGGGUUGUAUUAUACAGCUAGAUCCAAUUUCGGAUGCCAAACACGACUGGCAGAAUACUCAAUUUCUGCAUGUUUUCCAAGCACAAUUAAUAACUGGUAGCGAUUCAUCAACUUCUGAAUGUGAAAAAUCGGAUGGGAAGUGUGGCAAUCAAAGUGACUUGGAUGCUAUUGUAGAUUUACAACAAAAUGCGGAAUUUGAGGAACCGUUUUAUAUUGUUAUUAUUGAAAAAACCAUCAAAGGCAGUACCAUUCAUAUGUGGCGUAUAAUUAUAUCAUCGAAAGAACAGAAAAUAUUACUUCCUGAAACAGCUAUGUAUGUUCCAGAUAGCAACCUUACCCAGGAAGCUGAUGACUUCGAUGUAUAUCGAAAAAUGUCUGAGGUUAAUUUUGAUCCCUCAAAUCAAAAGAAUAAAAUGGAGGAUAUAAUAGAACCUCCACAUAUUGUAAUAACAACAAAAAAGGUAUGCACCCAAGAGUUGCCACUUCCUGAGGGUGUCGAUGUAAUACAUGCGUCACCUGCAGCGGGCCAUCUUAGUUCUUCUUCAAUAUAUCCAGCUUGUUAUGCACCAUAUAUUAUUGUUACAGCUUGUUCGGAUUCAAUAUCCCGAUUCUGGAAAUGUGAAGCUAAUAAAAAUCCAACCGAUUCAAAUAAUGAAUAUAUAUGGUCUGAAUGGAAGAUGUUCAGCAAGAAACAAGACUCUGCAAUAGAAAUUCCGGGACAGCCGUUAAAUAUAAGUGCCGCAUAUUCAGGUAGAAUUGCUUGUGCUUACAAAUACGGCAAAAGUUUUACAAGACCCAAUAAGGGCGGAGAUCCCGAUUCUAGAUAUAUUAAUCUUUGUGUUGGAAUAUACGAAUGUGAAAGUUCUGGUGGGAGUGAGUGGGUUCUUGAAGAUACCAUUCAUCUUAAAAAUAUACACUUGCCACGUAUCAACAUUGAUAACGGAAUUGAUUUGAGCUAUUUACAUGAUUCUCGUAUAUUACAGAAAAAACAACGUCUUAACCAAGUCUUGCAUAAUUUUACUACUCAUGAUGAAAUAAGAUCUCCACGUAGUGGGGAUUCGACUCCAGAGACAAACGUAAAAAGUCACAGUAGUUUACUUGCGGUACCGAGUUUUAGCACUUUGCAAUCUCUUAGAAAAAGUAUCGCAGAGAACGGAAACACAUGCCCUCUUACCCAAAAACAUCUGGUUCAGCUUGAUUGGGUUUCAAAAGAAGAUGGUUCGCAUAUUUUAACAGUAGCUGUUGGCAGCAAAAUUUUACUAUACACACCAGUGUCAUCAGAUAUAGCUCAAGCAAACAUAAAGGCCAUGAAAGAAUCGAGAUCAGUUAAUCGUCCAAUUUUACGAAAGGCAAGUUCCUUGGCUCAACCUCAUUUUAAUGAUGAAAUACGAUGGAUGAAGUUACGACAAAUAGAUUUACAAACAGCAGACGGUUUACCCCCUCUACCCAUGCAAAUAUCAUGGGUUAGAGACGGAAUACUAGUCGUCGCAAUGGAUUCCGAAAUGCAUGUAUACUCCCAAUGGAAACCUAGAUAUAACCAACAACAUAAUGUUGACGACAUUAUGGACAACAGAAAUUUAAGAGAUGAGGACCUACGUUCCAUCGCGAACGAAUCAUCAAAAUUGCGCAUAAAGAGCGCAGCUUCAAUGCCUCUCAUGAGCAAAGUUAGUACCGCAAACUUGCAGCUACUUUCCAAGGAUAACAAGAAAAAAAUAGGCGCCACAAGUUCGUCUAACGUACAAAAUUCAUCAGACGCUGCUACUAUUAACGAAGAUUAUAUGACCGAUUUAGGUCUAUUUCAAGCGUCUCGCAUUGCAUGUCCUGUACUACCGCAGUAUCAUCCUAAGCAGUUGAUGGAAUUGUUGAAUUGUGGAAAAAUUCGUUGGGUUAAAGCUAUUCUGGCACACUUGGUACGAUGUCUUAGUGCUCCCACUAUUAAAGGAAAUAACGAAAGUGAUGAUGCGUCCAUAACACAGAAGUCUUGGUCUAGAUCGAGAACGCUUUCAAUAAGUUAUGCUCCGGAUACAACAAUACAAGCAGAUCACAGAGGAUCAACCACACAGAUUCCAGAGGAAUUAAUGCUUGAUUAUGCAGAAAUAACUUCCAUACCACCGCUUCCGUUGUGGGUACUUUUAAAUGCCGAUAAGGAGUCGUCUAAUCAAGGCACUGUCCUAUCUGAAGAUGCUAAAGAUUAUGACCAACUUUUUGAAAUGGAUACCGUCGAUGACAGUUUAGAUGAUCUUCUUGACAAUGAGAAUGAAUAUAAGCGAUCAGAUAGACGUCUAUCAAUCCCAGAGAAACAAAAUAUUUCACAUUUCGGUCCUCGUCAGGGCCAAAUUCUUUCGAGGCUUUUAACUCACACUCAUCUCCCUGGACUUUCCUCCCUAGACCAAAUGCAUCUUCUAGCAUUGGCUGAUACCGUUUCAACGUGCAAUACCGACUUCUCCGAAAAGUUUAUUACUGAAUCGGGAAAAUCAACGAGUAAAGAAGCUUCCGGAAAUUCUUUAACAGAUUCUCUAGAUGAUUGUGGCCUCAGAUUUUUACUGGCAAUGAAACAUUAUACAUACCUUCUACGUUGUUUGCCAUUAAAUCAAAGAACGCAAUUUCAAAAACAUGGUGUUGGUACCUCAAAUAUUGUAUGGGCAUUCCAUUCGGAGAGUGAAGAGGAAUUAUUAAAUUUAAUACCAUCAUACAAAAAAGGCGAUUUAAAAUGGUCAACUCUUAAAGACCUUGGAGUUGGAUAUUGGCUUCGAAAUAUUAAUAUUUUGCGACAGUGUGUUGAAAAAUUGGCUAAAAGUGCGUAUCAACUUAAACAAGACCCUCUUGAUGCAGCUUUGUAUUAUUUGGCUAUGAAAAAGAAAUCAAUAGUUUGGGGACUUUUCCGGUCGAAGAGGGAUGAAAAAAUGACACAAUUUUUCGCAAAUAACUUCUCGGAGGACCGAUGGCGUAAAGCUGCUUUAAAAAAUGCCUUUGUUUUGCUAGGCAAGCAGCGGUUUGAUCAUGCCGUCGCAUUCUUCUUACUAGCUAAUUCUUUAAAUGACGCAAUUGAAGUUUGCAUUAACAAACUUGAUGACUUUCAAUUAGCACUAAUCAUUGCUCGUCUAUACGAAGGAGAUGCUGAUAUAAAUUCUAAUUCAACGUAUAGAAAACUACUAUGCGAACAUGUUUUGGGCAGCGAAGAUGAAUCGGUAAAGUUUCACUACGAAAAGGCGCAUCCAGAUCCGUUUUUACGAUCAAUGGCAUAUUGGAUUCUAAAAAGACACCAGGAAAGCUUAAAUACGUUGUUACUAUCUGGUGUUGGGCAGUGUCAUCCAGCAUUUAAGGAAGAGGAUAUGUUCAAAUCGGAAAAUCAAUCAACAAAUCCUAAUGUGUUUAACUUCUACAUUUAUUUAAGAACACAUCCCUUGCUUGUUCGACAGAACUUGGCAUUGUCGGCUCAAGAAAAGAAACUUUCGCAUGUGGUGUUAUCGGGAUUUAGUUAUUCCGGAGAUGUUGCAAAGAACUCAAAGAAUGAUAAACAGCUACAAAUUGAAGAUUCCAUCAGCUCUAUAGAACGACAAUUGUACUUUACAACUGCGCACUGUCAUUUCAAAGCGGGAUGUCCAGCAUUAGCCCUUGAAGUUUUGAAUAAAUUACCAACAAAGGUAAUUGAUUCUGUAGAAAUUGAAGAAGUUGAAUCGCCAUGUAGUACUGAUAACGAUCUAAUAAAAACUGGAAUAAUUGACUGGGCAAAACAAACAUCUAUAGAUGUCGCUGAAACAACAGCAUCGGCAUUAGAUUGGAGCACACCAGUCUCAUUGUCCAUGAAAGAAGACGAUAAAUUCAAAAUUGAAUGGGAUGACGACGAUGAAAAUAAUGAUAAUUCUGACCAUGAUGAAAAUAUAUACAAAAAGGAAGAAGUUAGUGCAAUUACGACCAAGGACGACGAUAGUACAAUGUCCAACAAGGUGAAAAAAAUUGAUAUAAUGGCACAGCAGCUUAAGUUUGUAGCUUGUUUAAAAAUUCUUAUGGAAGAGUUAUCAACAUUAGCCACAGGCUUCGAAGUUGAUGGAGGCCAGCUGCGAUACCAAUUAUACAUAUGGCUAGAGAAAGAGGUAGAAGCAUUGCAACAAUUAUGUAAUUACUGUAAAUUCGACUCCGCGGAUUUGAAAAACACAUCGGAUAUUAUGAAGGAAAAAGACAACCCAGUUUCCUACAUACUAUCGGAAAAACCGACACUUCAUGAAAUUUUAUUACAUGAAAAACAAGAUUUCGAAGCUAAAGUGAUGAGAGCUGCAAAAAGAAAGAAGUGGUUGAAAGCAAAUGAAACGCUGCUUAGAACAUUACUUAGCUAUUGUUCUCUUCAUGGUGCAAGCGGAGGAGGUUUAGCAUCAGUAAGAAUGGAAGUUGUUCUUCUUUUACAAGAAUUGCAACAAGAGAAAACUCAGCAACAAUUACUUAGUCCUUUGCCAUUCCCUACAACUCUUCCGUUAUUAAGUGCAUGCGUAGCCGGUAAUAAAACUGUUAUCGCAGAUCCUAUAAAAUAUUUACAGUCCCAAACUAUAGAUAUGCUUCACAGCGUUAUACAUUUCUCGCCUUUUGUUGGUUUAGAUACUAAUGCUUUCUGCGAGAUCUUUAUUAUAAGAGAUCUUGCUGUAGCGUUAUCAUCUUGUAUUUAUCAAUCUUUGUGCGAUUCUGAAAGUUUUGUGGUAAAUAAUACGACACAAAAUGGGUACCAGAGUCCUGGCAUUGAAAAUAUUGCCAAACUUAAUUCAUCGUUUGAGUGUUCUCAUUUAAUUGGAAAUACAAAUAUUUACAACAGAAAGCGUUUUUACUCGAUGGAUGAACCAACUACUGUUUGUACAACACCUUCCAGAUGGCCUGGAGUAGCAAAUUUGAGAGCUUUGCUGGCUAGAGAAAAAGACGAAGAUAUUCCUAAACUGAAUGUUUUGUUACUAGAAAGUUUCAUCGCUACAUACGUGUCUCUUGCUACUUAUGCACUGGUAACCUGCGAUAGUCGCAUACUCUAUCGAUUAAUAGUUCACAAUUUUAACGUAGAAACUUGGUCAACAAUUUUUGGCGGAGGUAUGAAAAAAUUGCUUAGAAAAGCCACCUGUGAAAAUCAGCCUACUGCAUUUAACAACACGUCGUCAGAAGAUCAGAACGACGAAAGCAGUGUAUGGAACACGGUAACAUCGUCUAUAACCAAACAACGAGUUAAAUUGAACAUGAAAAUACUUGGCAACUUUGCUGGAAACAAUACUUCUUCAAAUAUGAAAGAAGAUAAACCUACUUAUCGUGAGCAAUUUGUCCCCCCGGAAAUGUCUAUGCUGUCUUAUUUCUUGGCAAAACCUAAACCAAACGAUUUCGAUGAUUACGACACCGACGAUCCUUAUGAAUCCGAGAAUGAAGGCGACGAUGAUGAUGUCAUUGGAACUAGCGGUGUUAACAAGGACAAGGAAAAUAAGGAACAUUUAGAUCCGAUGUCAUACUCUUGGUGCAUCUUAAGGGUUGCAAUAAUGAAAGUAUUCAUCAAGAAAGUGCAAGACUUUGUUAAUAUUUCAGGAAUUGAACUCCAAGACUUACCAGUAUUAAGUCCAUUGUCCCACGAAGUUUUAAGGACUUUAAGUAGGUGGCAAGAAAUAGCUCUUGAAAUUUUACUUUCGAAAGGUCCACCUGGAGAGGAUUAUAUUCCUGGCUGUUUUUCAAACAGUGGAGUACCUGGACUUUCAAUACACAAAUAUAGGUCGCUCUUAAGCAAAGACAAUACACCAUUUUCUCCAAGUUCUGCCGCUGGUCCAGUUCGUAGAUUAUGGAACUUCCUUGUACGUCAAGACGAAGCCCAGGAUGUAUUUAUUAAAGUUAUAUUUGGAAAGAAAGUUGAAAACAAUUAUAACAAUUCCCUUCAAACUCAAGAAUCGGCAGAUAAUGACACUAACGAGCCAAUUCGCAUCAUACAUAAGGACCACGAGGCAAUUCUAGCAUUUUGUUUAAAUAACAGUUCAUCCAGUAUGAUUGCUGUUGCAAAUCCUAGAGAAGUCCAGGAAUUCAAUAUUUCACUUUUGUUAGAAUCGCCUAAUUGGUAUGAAGAUGAGUGCGAUUAUGAUUUGUUAAAUAUUUCAAAAGACAAUGAAUCUGGAUCGAAUACUGGAUUUUUAAUGAUUCAAAGUUCAGAUCAGUCCCCUUACGGUUCAUCCCAGGAUUCCAACUAUAAUUUUAAUACCAAUUCAUCACAAUCUGGUCGUGGCACUGAUCUUAUAUUAAAACAUAAAAUUGAUAAUGUGAAGAGGAUGAGUUCUCAUCCUCUAAUGCCACUUUAUUUAACUGGAGGACAAGAUGGGUCUGUCCAAAUUUGGGAAUGGGGGCAUCAGCAAGUGGUAUGCACCCCUCGACCUUCGGGAACUUUUGCCAAAGUAACAAGGUGUAGAUUUUCGGAACAAGGAAAUAAGUUUGGAAUAGGAGAUGGAGACGGGAAUUUAAGUUUAUGGCAGGCCGGCAUUGCCUCUCAAAAUAACAAAUCAUUCUUUACGUACCAAUGCCACAACAAGUCGCUGAGUGAUUUUGUGUUUUUAGGAUCGUGCAGUUUGCUGGCAACAGCUGGUCAAAGCUCAGAAAAUAAGAAUAUAAUGAUUUGGGAUACCUUGCUGCCUCAGAAAAAGUCGUGUGUAAGUGCUUUUACAUGCCACGACCAAGGUGCAUCUUGUUUUGUAUUUGCUCCCCAACAUCAAUUACUAAUAUCAUGUGGAAAGAAAGGAGAUAUUUGCAUAUUCGAUAUGAGGCAGAGGACAUUAAAACAACGUAUACAGGGUCACGAUAGUGCCAUUAAAUGUAUUAGCCUUGAUCCUCAUGAAGAAUUCUUUGCUACAGGAUCAAUAGAGGGAGAUAUUAAGAUAUGGAGCCUCAAUCAAUAUUCCCUGAUUAAGACAUUUUCCGGCGAACAUGCUAAAAAUAGUUUCUUCAAACAUAUUGGACAGGGUGUGAGCCAAAUACAUAUUGAUGGAUAUGGUCGCCUGUUUUCAUGUGGGUCCGAUGGAUGUAUGAAAGUUAGGCAGCUGUUUGAAAAAGAUACAAUUGUCCAAACUAUGUAUUAA